CCCCCUCUGGUGACAGAAAGUCGGCCCAGCAGAUGAGGAAGUGGCCGGCAGGCGGCCCUGGGGACCUCUCUCCGGCCCUGAUCCCUCCGAACCCUCUACUGCUGCCCGCCUGGCUCCCACUGAGUCCUUAGCCAGGAUGGAGGCUGUCGUGAACUUGUACCAGGAAUUCCUGAAGCGUGCAGAUCCCCGGAUGCAGAACUACCCUCUGAUGGGGUCCCCCUUGCUAAUAACAUCCAUCCUUCUGACCUAUGUGUACUUCGUCCUCUCACUUGGGCCUCGAAUCAUGGCUAAUCGGAAGCCCUUCCAACUUCGUGGCUUCAUGAUUGUCUACAAUUUCGCACUGGUGAUACUCUCCCUCUACAUUGUCUAUGAGUUCCUAAUGUCUGGUUGGCUCAGUACCUACACCUGGCGCUGUGACCCUGUAGACUUUUCCAAUAGCCCCGAGGCACUUCGGAUGGUUCGAGUGGCCUGGCUCUUCAUGUUUUCCAAGGUUAUUGAGCUGAUGGACACAGUGAUAUUUAUUCUCCGCAAGAAAGAUGGGCAGGUGACCUUCCUACAUGUCUUCCAUCACUCCGUGCUUCCCUGGAGCUGGUGGUGGGGGAUAAAGAUUGCUCCAGGAGGAAUGGGCUCUUUCCAUGCCAUGGUAAAUUCCACUGUACAUGUUGUCAUGUACCUGUACUACGGAUUGUCUGCCCUUGGCCCUGUGGCUCAGCCCUACCUUUGGUGGAAAAAACAUAUGACAGCCAUUCAGCUGAUCCAGUUUGUCCUCGUCUCCCUUCACAUCAGCCAAUACUACUUCAUGCCCAGCUGCAAUUACCAGUACCCUCUCAUUAUCCACCUCAUCUGGAUGUAUGGCACCAUCUUCUUCGUGCUCUUCUCCAACUUCUGGUAUCACUCUUACACUAAGGGAAAGCGGCUGCCCCGUACAGUUCAGCAAAACGGAACUCCAGCUAUCACCAAGGUCAAGGCCAACUGAGAAGCAUGGCCUAGAUAUUGCCCACCUAAGUGCCUCAGGACUGCACCUUGGGCAGCAUCCACAAGUGUCCUCUCCACCUACACCUAUGACCAGGGCUCAUGUGGUCAGGACUGAGUAGGAGGACUGGCUCUCCCUUCCCCACAGCUGGUCUACAGGGACCACUGUUCCCAUCCCUUCUCCCAGCCAGCUCCAGGGAUGUGGCCCCACUGCUGUCUGCCACCAGAACUGGAGGCUGAAAGGGCUGGACACUUACUUCCCCCCUCCCUGCCUUAAACUUGGGAGAGGAACACUCAGGGCUGGCCCCCACCAGGGUCUUGUGGCCUUUCUCCUCACACUGAAGAGGUCAGCAAUAAUCUGUCACAGUUGGACUCAGGCUCCCUUUCUCACUCCCCACUGAAGCAUGAGCUUCUGGGCCAAAGGUCAGGAUGGGCAGCAGGCCUGGCAAUACAGGCUGUGUACUCAUUUGUGUCUUAAUUAAAGUGACAGAGGAAACCA